UUCCAAUCGGAGACUCGAUCUAAAUCCUUGAUGUGACCCUUGUAUCCGAUUAAACCGGAAUUUUCCAUUCUAAUCGGGUCGGAUCCGUGGGACUCGACCCGGCGGGAAUUUUGCCAUCCGUUUCUCCUCCCUCAUCGGCAGCUUAUUCUUGACAUCUACUUGUGCUGCUUGAAAUUUAUCUCUGGUUUCCUUUUCCAUUUCCUUGUCCCGAAGAUCUCUCUCUGCCCUCGCUUCUCUCUCUAGAAGAGUUUUGCAGAUAACAAUAGCUUGCAGAAAGUUUAUAUCUUGCUAGUAUGAGGGGGUGUUACCAUUGAGAUAUUUUCUAUUUGUCUUGAAGUCUGAUUUUAUUGUGGAGAAAAUGUUUGGCUCAUUUGAACCAAUCUUGACUCUUCCAGCUCCUUCAGAGGAUUCAAACCCUAAUGUUCAGGAUGAGCAGGAUGAAAUUAUUAAUCACAAUGAAGUGGAUAAAGACAAAACCAAUGCACCUGCAUCAGUUGCAACUCAUACUAAAACUAUUGGUAUCAUACAUCCUCCUCCAGAUAUCAGAAGCAUUGUUGAUAAAACUGCACCAUUUGUUGCAAAAAAUGGACCAGAAUUUGAGAAGAGAAUCAUUGCAAAUAAUGCCGGUAAUGUCAAGUUUAAUUUCUUGAACCCUUCAGAUCCCUACCAUGCUUACUAUCAGCAUAGGUUAUCUGAGUUUCGUGCCCAGAAUCAAUCAUCUGCACAGCAGUCUUCGCAGGCGGCAGAUUCUGCUGCACCUGCAUUUCCAGCUGCUGACAACAAUGAAACAAUGGCAGCAAAGCCUGAUGUUUCUGCUUUGUUCAAACCUGUACGCAAAAUUCUUGAGCCUCCAGAGGCUGAGCAGUAUACCGUUCGUCUUCCUGAAGGGAUUACAGGGGAAGAAUUGGAUAUUAUCAAGCUCACAGCCCAAUUUGUUGCCCGAAAUGGGAAAUCAUUCUUGACAGGAUUGACAAGUAGAGAGAUUAACAAUCCUCAGUUUCAUUUUCUGAAACCUACUCAUAGUAUGUUCAUGUUUUUUACCUCCCUUGCGGAUGCACAUUCCAAAGUGUUGAUGCCUCCCAAGGGGUUGACUGAGAAACUGAAGAAGAGUGUCACUGACAUGACAACAGUGCUCGAGAGAUGUGUGCAUAGACUUGAGUGGGAACGUUCACAAGAGCAGGCAAGGCAAAAAGUUGAAGAUGAGAUUGAGCAGGAAAGGAUACAAAUGGCUAUGAUUGAUUGGCAUGAUUUUGUUGUGGUUGAGGCAAUAGACUUUGCAGAUGACGAGGAUGAAGAUUUGCCCCCACCAAUGACCCUUGAGGAGGUAAUUAGAAGAAGCAAGAUUUCUGUUGCUGAGGAAGAGCUUGUUGAGCCCGGGAAGGAAAUGGAAAUGGAUAUGGAUGAAGAAGAGAUGCAACUUGUUGAAGAGGGUAUGCGGGCUGCUAGGUUAGGAGAAAAUGACAAUGACAAUGACAAGAAUGAUAUGAAGGUAGAUGAGGAGCCAGAGCCACCACUGAGAAUCAUUAAGAACUGGAAGAGACCUGAAGAGAGAGUCCCUGCAGAAAGAGAUCAUACAAAAUUUGUUGUCUCUCCGAUCACAGGUGAACUAAUUCCAAUCAAUGAGAUGUCUGAACAUAUGAGGAUAUCACUUAUUGAUCCAAAGUACAAAGAGCAAAAGGAAAGAAUGUUUGCCAAGAUUCGGGAGACUACACUUGCUCAGGAUGAUGAGAUCUCAAGAAAUAUAGUUGGACUGGCGCGAACUCGUCCUGAUAUAUUUGGUACCACUGAGGAGGAAGUAUCAAAUGCAGUCAAGGCAGAAAUUGAAAAGAAAGAAGAUCAACCAAAGCAGGUCAUAUGGGAUGGCCAUACUGGAAGCAUCGGGCGUACAGCAAAUCAAGCUAUGUCACAAAAUCUUGUUGGAGAGGAUCUGGAUGAUGCUAGUAACAAUGAUGCAAGGAACCUUCCUGGUCCUGCAGCCCUGCCACCGAAACCCGGAGUGCCAUCAGUUCGUCCUCUCCCGCCUCCACCUGGACUAGCCUUGAAUCUUCCUUCCCUACCUAUGAAUGCACACUAUUCUACCCCAAUUAGCGGUGGGCUUCCUGUACCCCCACUGCAGCCGCCCAUUAUCUCAAUGAUUCCAUCUGUUCAGCCACCACCUCCCACAAUGCCUGGACAACAAUCAUUUUUCAUGAAUCGACCCCCUUCUAUGCCUCCACCAAUGUCUAUGAAUGCACCAAAUAUGAGCGUCCCACCACCACCAGGAUCUCAGUUUACUCACAUGCCAGUUCCACGGCCUUUCAUUCCUAUCCCUACCCCUCCACCUAUGAAUACUAUGCUACCGCCUCCACCUAUGCCACAAGGGGUUCCUCCACCACUUAUGACCCAAGGAUCGAUGCCUCCCUUACCACCUGAAGAAGCUCCUCCACCACUUCCAGAUGAACCAGAGCCGAAGAGACAGAAACUUGAUGAUUCUUUGCUUAUGCCAGAAGACCAGUUUUUGGCACAACAUCCUGGACCUGUCCAUAUCACUGUAUCUUUUCCUAAUCUUGAUGAUGGAAAUCUCAGAGGCCAAGUUCUUGAGAUUACUGUCCAGUCCCUCACUGAAACGGUUGGAAGUUUAAAAGAGAAGAUUGCCGGUGAGAUCCAGCUUCCAGCAAACAAACAAAAGUUAAGCGGGAGACCUGGCUUUCUCAAGGACAAUAUGUCGCUUGCUUAUUACAAUGUUGGAGCAGGGGAAUCACUGUCCCUUUCUUUAAGGGAACGUGGUGGUAGAAAGAGAUGAACAGAUCCUUGAUGCAUAUGAAUUGAGGAAUUGGUCCGAGGAAUUUGAAGAAGUUGGCUGAGAAGGAGAUUGGAGAAGUGGUGAGCUCAAGCAGUUGUACAAUGAUAAGGUGAAGAAGUUUGGCACCUUCGGUUUCAAAAUAAUACACUAGUAUAAAUAUAGUUUUUUAGUUCUAUGUUUUGACAUUAGUUUCUGCUUGUUCCAUAUAAUGAUAUUAGUUUCUUCGAAGUUGAGCUGAAACUUGCAUUAUUUGUUGGUCCAUUAGAGAGAAUUUCAGUGGUAGAUCUUUUUUCUUUGCAAACUGCUUGUUCCAUAUAAUGACAGCUUUGAUUGAUUCUCUAUAUACUAAGCUUAUUAAUUUGGUUAAAAAUAACAAUUUCGUAUAUUAACAUGUGUCAUUCUCACUAUGAUUCCCAUUUGAGUCUAACUGUUGAUUUUACCAAGUUUUCACUCUUAGAAUGCUGCUUAAAAAGUUUGUUAUUAAAGAAAAAAUUGUUUGGAUAUAUUAGUUUUCUAAUGUUUGUACUUUGGUAGUAACUAAAACUAUUAUGCUCAUAUAAGUUAAUGUAUAAUCCAUCAAAUGGAAUCUUAAAGUGUUUCUCAUUCACCAUUCUAGUUAUUCUGGUUAUAUUUUGGGUAUAUUUUUAUUGUGAUUCUUUUGUGGCGGUAUAUCUUUAUAAUCUCUGCUCUUUAUUUGCAAUUCUCAAUAAUGAACUUGUUCUACAGGUUGUGUGCAAUGCUUCUUUUUCUAAAGUUGCUAAUAAACAUUUUCUUUUUCUGGCUCAUGAGAAAAACUCCAAAGCAGUUUUCAAUUGAAAAAUUAUAGGAUGAUCGAGUUAGUUGAUUUGAGUACCUUAGAUUAAUGGAGAAGUUUACUUUAUUGAACUUUCUUUUUUUGCCUGUGCCGUCAAGAAUUUGUGAAGUAUGAAAGGGAUUCCAACAUCAAUCCAAUAUUUCUCUCAUUUUCGAAGGUAAGGAGAUUGCUCUCAUGGUUGUGGCUGCUGUUAUUGACUCACACAUCUAAAAUAAGAUCAAAUUCUGCAUGGAGGUAUGCAACAAUAUUGUUACGUAUGGUGCUUCCUUAGUUCAACUGAUCUUAUACCAUUCAACUAAUCUUAUACAAUUCAGUCGCAACACCUACACCUGAAUGUAUACAUAUUAAGUGCCAGCUAUCAAACGAAUCAAUGUGUUCUGUAUUUGUUGCUCUGAAACUUUUUAUAUGCAUCAUAUCUAUCGGUUUCUACUUAUUUGUUGUUUGAUUUGAAGUAAUUGGUAAUCACCAUUUUUGUUUGCUCUUCCAAGUUGGACUAUGCUCUGGAGAGUUGGAGGCUAUUUGGCUUCCCAUUGGAGGAUUUUUGUUUAGGUUUAAAUACCCUCUUUUUUGCGUUUAUUGAGAUAAUGCCUAUUGAGGUUGAGUUUGGUGGAGUUACUGAGCGUUGUGGUGCUUUGAGGAGGGUGCAAUCUCUCUCUCUUAUGCUAUGUUCUCUCUUUCUUAUGCUA